GGCCGCCCGGCGGGUGCUGCCGCGGGUCGGGGCCGGGGCGACGGGGAGCGGAGCGGAGCCAGCCCCGGCCGUGUGCGGGCUGCCCCGAGGCUGCAGCGUCCGGUGGGACCAUGGCGGCGCUGGGCAUGGCGGCACUGAGGAGGGGUAGCGGCGCGGCUCCCCGUCUCCUCGCCGUGGCCGUCUCCUGCCAGAGCUGCCGCCCCAAAGCCAGCCAGUGCCCCGGCGACGGCGGCCACGGGCAGCCCAGGGACCACCACCCGGCGGCCCCCGGCAGAGCCCGGCGCGGCGCCGAGCCCGGCCCCGCCGCGGGCAGCCAGCCCCUCCCGGCCGAGGGAGCCGACACCAAGACCUACUUGUGGGCCAGGUACCACGAGAUGAAAAAGCUGGUCUACGAUCUCCUUCCACCAGGAGUCUGCAAUCUCCUCAACCCGGCCGCUAUCUAUGCUAACAAUGAGAUCAGCCUGGGCGAUGUUGAGAUAUAUGGCUUUGACUACGAUUACACAUUAGCACAGUAUUCUAAUUUACUACACUCUAUGAUUUUCAACACUGCCAGAGACAUCCUAAUAGAACAAUUCAAGUAUCCAGAAGGGCUUGGGAAGUAUGACUACAUUCCAGGGUUUGCCAUACGUGGACUUCACUAUGAUGUACAAAAGAGUCUUCUCAUGAAGAUUGAUGCUUUCCAUUAUGUCCAGCUGGGGACAGCAUAUAGAGGGCUCAAACCAGUGCCUGAUGAAGAGGUAAUCGAACUCUACGGUGGUACGCAGCACAUCCCCCUGUACCAGAUGAGUGACUUCUAUGGCAAGUCCUCUGCCCAGGGUCCAUCACUUAAGCAGUUCAUGGACAUUUUUUCUCUUCCUGAAAUGACGCUGCUCUCUUCAGUCAUUGAUUACUUCAUAACUCAUGGCAUUGAGUUUGACCAGGUGCAUCUUUACAAGGAUAUAUCUGAUGCUAUUAGAGAUGUGCAUGUGAAAGGAGUGAUGUACAAAUGGAUUGAAAAAGAUCUGGAACAGUAUAUUCUACACGGGGAUGAAAUCUAUGCUGUGCUUAACCGACUGGUGAACCACAAGAAGAAACUCUUCCUCAUUACAAACAGUCCCUUUAGCUUUGUGGACAAAGGAAUGAAACACAUGGUUGGCAAGAACUGGCGGGACUUAUUCGACAUGGUCAUUGUGCAAGCUGACAAGCCCAACUUCUUCACUGAUCGGCGGAAACCUUUUCGAAAACUGGAUGAUAAAGGCUCACUGCAGUGGGACAAAAUAAACCAACUGGAGAAAGGAAAGAUCUACAAAGAGGGUAACCUCUUUGAUUUUCUGAGGCUGACAGGCUGGCGUGGGUCCAAAGUGCUCUACUUUGGUGACCAUCUGUACAGCGACCUUGCGGACCUCAUGCUGCGUCACGGCUGGAGGACUGGAGCCAUCGUUCCUGAACUGGAGACGGAGAUUCGGAUCAUAAACACAGAGCAGUACAUGCACUCCUUGACCUGGCAGCAGGCUCUGACGGGGCUGCUAGAGAGAAUGCAGAUGUAUCAGGAUGCGGAGUCAAAGCAAGUAUUGCUGGAGUGGAUGAAGGAAAGGCAGGAGAUCAGGUCGCUGACGAAGAACCUGUUCAACCCCCAGUUCGGAAGCAUCUUCCGCACCUUCCACAACCCCACGUAUUUCUCUCGACGGCUGGUGCGGUUCUCCGAUAUUUACAUGGCUUCCAUCAGCUGCCUGCUGAACUACGACGUGAAUUUCACCUUCUACCCCCGGCGCACCCCUCUGCAGCACGAGGCUCCACUCUGGAUGGAUCAGCUCUGCACAGGCUGCAUGAAAACCCCCUUCCUGGAGGAGAUGGUGCAUAUCCGGUGAAGGGCCAGGUACUCCGGGCAACAGCACAGUUUGAGUCUGUACGUGGGGCCAGGCUCCUUGGCCAGCAGCACCUCUGUCUACCACUAAAGGGCGUUUGACACUUACGUAUGUGUGUAGAUGGUGUGUUUAUUUUUUUCCCUUUGCUGGUUCCAUCCCUUUCCCUGAGGUGCUUUGCAGGCGGGACAGAGGAUGGAUGCUUGUUCUGGGCCAUAAAAGUUAGCUGCAGGGAGUCCUCUGUAGGAGUAGGUGAGAUGGAGAGCCAGUGCUGGUGGUGGGAAGCUGCCGUUCCCUGCUCUGUGCCCAGAGCAGUGGCUCAGAAAUGGAGUCUUGAGUCUCCGGUGCUUGGUGAGCACAACGCGGGUUCCCACAGGAGGUGUGACAAGGUCUGUCAGGUCUGUAGCUGCCCCGACAGGUACUACAGCGUGAGUAGUUCUGCAGGUGGACAGUGAGGGGACAGGGUUGCUGACUGGGCAACCAGUGAAGUGCAUCAGUGACUCCAUCACAGAUGACAAAGUACCAUCAGCAGUGUUACCUAUCCAGAACUGAUAUCAGCAGCCUCAGCCUCAUCCCGCUCCCUGCCAGACUGGUCUGUCCAGCUGGUGCCUCUGGUAGGUAACUGUUAGUUAAAUGUGCAGGAUGUGCAAGUCCUGGGUGAGAGCUGGAUGUGAGUAGGUCAGAAGGUCGAAAAACAAGUAUUUGGUGGCAUGCCUGUUUUUUGAGUAAGCUUAGUGUAUUUUUUUGGGUUUGGUGCCAUGUGACAUCAAUAUUGUGGCAGUUGAUGCAGUAUGGUCUGUUGGGACAUGUGCAGCCUUUCAGGGAAGGUGUAGGGUUGUCAGCAGAGGUGGUGGCCUUCCACCUGUGUUUGCCAGGAUGUGGCCUAAGGUGUAUGGAGGGGCUGGUGAGGAUGUCCUGGGGGGAGGCGCAAGCGUGAAGUGCUGCUGGGUGUCAUGGCUCAGAAAAGGGAGUGUGGCCUGCAAAGCACUGUAGUGCCUCCUGAGGAGGAGGAGGAGGAAGGAGAGGAAAGAGGUGAUAGUAGCGAUGCCAGAGCAUAGAGGACUGGGGACAAGGGUGAUGGCCUGGAGGCCCAGGCAGGUCAGAGCUGCUUUGGGAUGUGAGGGGCAGAAAGUAGGUUCUUCACCCGGCUCGGGGCCAUGCUGUUCUUGGCCAGGCUUGUGCCAGGCAGGGUGUUGAGGAGGCAUAAAGGGGCUGUUUGUUAGGUGGGUAGGGGUUGUUGAGAGUUUGGGGCACCCUGAUGCUGGCUGGCCCUGGGAAACAGGAGAAAAUCAUGCCAUCGGAAAGCUGAGUGUGUGGGAAGCUGAUGGCUAUGGGGUG